AUGGUCAAAGCAGUCGCUGUUCUCCGUGGAGACUCCAACGUCAAGGGCACCGUGACCUUUGAGCAGGCAUCUGAGGGUGCCGAGACCACCAUCUCAUGGGACAUUACCGGCAACGACCCCAACGCUGAGCGUGGUAUGCACGUGCAUGCGUUCGGUSACAACACCAACGGUUGCACCAGCGCUGGACCACACUUCAACCCACACGGCAAGACCCACGGUGCACCCUCUGACACUGAGCGCCACGUUGGCGACCUCGGCAACUUCAAGACCGACGGCCAGGGCAAUGGCAAGGGCUCCGUCACUGACAAGCAUGUCAAGCUGAUCGGCCCAGAGAGCGUCCUUGGUCGCACUGUCGUUGUUCACAGCGGCACUGACGACCUCGGCCAAGGUGGUAACGAGGAGAGCAAGAAGACCGGCAACGCCGGUACUCGCCCAGCUUGCGGUGUGAUUGGUAUCGCCGCAUAG